GAUUGGCGCCCGUAUUAUGACUUACACCCACGGGAAGGCCAGGCCGGCAAGGUACACGCGCCGCCUCGUUUGCAUAAAUACCACAAACGCACCAUUCGUGAGGGCCGCUCGUGCUUUUACGCCCCUUCAGCCUUUACGCCCUCUGUUCUCUCGGCCACGAAGAGAGCUAUGCGUCCCUUUUUCUGGUUGUCCUUCGCCUUGAAUGUCUUCUCUAGUGCAUACGCCUAUGCUACGCCUUCACGAACCAUCCAGAAACGUGCUGCCUCUAAUUUCAUUAGUACUCAGGGGGACAAGUUCGUCGUGAACGGAAGUGACUUCUCGUUCAUCGGCACGAACGCCUACUGGCUUCCCUUCCUCGAUUCCGAUGACGAUAUUUCGAAAGUGCUCGCCAACAUAUCCGCUUCCGGCAUUAAGGUAGUUAGGACAUGGGCCUUCAACGACGUCACGGAAAUUCCCGACGACGGUAGCAGCUGGCUUCAGUUGAUUUGCAACGGUAAGACCGAGGUCAACACCGGUCCUAACGGCCUCCCCAAGCUCGACAAGUUCGUCCAGCUCGCUCAAGACCACGGCAUCUACGUCCUCUUCUCGCUCACGAACAACUGGAACCCUAUUGCGAACGCGACCAACCCGGCACCCUUGGCACGAAACUUCUUGUCCAACUCUUAUGGCGGUAUGGAUGCAUACGUUCGUGCAUUCGGCACCAACCAGCUCCACGAUGAGUUCUACACGAGUGACGACAUCAUUAACUUCUUCCAAAACUACACACAACAAGUUGUCUCGCGCUUCGUGGACAACCCCUUCGUUUUCGGUUGGGAGCUCGCCAACGACCCCAGGUGUGGCUCAACAGUCGCUAACUCGGACACCUGCACGACCACAACGAUCACCAAGUGGCAUGCAACCGUCUCUGAAUUCAUUCGCUCCAUCGAUCCCAACCAUCUCGUGGCGUCCGGUAAUCAUGGCUUCCAAUGCCCGACCUGCACGAAGCUCUUCCCAAUUACGCCCACGCCCACGCCUUCCGCUGCUCCAGGUAAACGUGCCCCGGCUGGAGUGACGACCCCAGAUCGUCUCAUGCGCGACAUCGCUCAGAGGCGCAAGGCUCGCGCUGCCGCUGCAUCCCGUCCGCAGAAGAAGAAGCGCGAGGGUCCGACCAUCCGCGGACGUUGGGCAGCCCCAGCUUCAGGCAGCAACGCGAAGCGCCAGACUAGCAGCACCGGUCCCUCGUUCGAUGGAUCCCAGGGCGUUGACAGCCAGGACAUCCUCAACAUCCCCGAUAUCGGCUUCGGCACUUUCCAGUUCUUCCCCGACCAGAACGUUUACACCACCGAUGGCGAAACUGUACCAGGCUCGCAGGGACAGUCGUCGUUCGACUUUAAUAACACCGUCCAGGAGGGUAUCGAAUGGAUCCAGAACCAGGCCGCGUUUGCCAACGCUGUCGGCAAGCCUCUGGCGCUCACCGCCUUCGGUCUCGUCACGCAAGACAACUUCCCGUUCUUCGUCCCGUUCAACUCUUCCGUGCCUCUCGUCAACCAGACCAGUCUCUCCAGGCGUACCGACUCGCAAGGAACGGCUUCGACGUCGUCUCAGCAACAGUCGGCUUACUUGACUUGGUUAGAGGCGGGUAUCACGGCGGGUGUCCAAGGUCUGACUCAGUACCAGUUCUCCGCUGGUGGUUUGACGCAAGGAACGAGUGGCACCGACUCACAAGGGACAUCGCCGAACGACGGUUACUCCACUCAAGGUACCGCGACGGUCGAGACGCUCCAGCAAGCCGCCCAAGAGCAGCAGGGCACAUCCAGUUAAAGGGCUCCUUAGAAAAGCAGUCUUGGGAAUGAGACGUUCAUCAUGACUGAUCAACUCGUAGGCUUUCCCGGUGUCUCCGCAUACACCAUCCGCGGAGACGAGCCUGCGAAGGACUUUCGACUAUAAGUAUAACGUUGUAACGCCCCCUUAGGAUAUUUGUCUCCACGCUACUCAAUUCUCAUUUUUCAUUUCUUGACGGACUUCGACACGAUGAAUAUUUAUGACAUUUUCUCUGACGUGUGGCGUCCGUUCAGUCGUUCACUCUUUCCUUGUCCUCUGGAUCGGGAGCUUUUGGACCCGGACCCGACGUUACUUAUUAUCACGAUACGAACUCGAAUAUUGGUCGCUGUCGCUUGCUACGAAUUUUUUUUUCGCUCGGGACUGUUGACUGGACUUUUUCUCUCUUUAGCUUAUAUCUGAGUUUUCGGGGUGCUCGAUGAGCUUUCGAACUCAAGUACUUUUUUUUUAGUUGGACUGUAGCCCUUUGUGUUUUUGAGAUGAGAUGAGACUUUUGUUGCGGUGUACACUGAUGGAGGGCCCGGAUGUGCGGGCGAUGGUUUGAAUUACUUAUCACAAAAAAAUCGAUGUAGAUU